AAAGCGCAGCGCGCGGGCGGGCAGUGGUUUUCUUGAAGGAAGGGGAGCUUGCGGGGCGCAGUGUUUGCGGCUGAGGGACCAGGUAGCGGUAGCGAGCGGCAACACCGGCGGCGGCGGGGCAGGGAACCGAGGAAAGGUGUUGCCAUGGCGAUGGCAGUGGAGGACAGCGCGGUGCAGGUUGUGGUUCGGGUCCGACCCCCCACCCCACGGGAGCUAGAAAGCCAGCGGAGGCCUGUGAUUCGGGUGGUGGGUGAGAGGGUUCUGGUGUUUGACCCGGAAGAGCCCGAUGGGGGCUUCCUUGGCCUGAAAUGGGGCAGCGUCCAUGACGGCCCCAAGAAGAAGGGCAAAGACCUGACCUUCGUCUUUGACCGGGUCUUUGGCCAGGCGGCCACCCAACAGGAUGUCUUCCAGCACACCACCCACAGCGUCCUGGACAGCUUCCUCCAGGGCUACAACUGCUCCGUGUUUGCCUAUGGGGCCACGGGGGCCGGGAAGACGCACACCAUGCUGGGAAGAGAGGGGGACCCCGGCAUCAUGUACCUGACCACCAUGGAACUGUACAGGCGGCUGGAGGCCCGCCAGGAGGAGAAGCAAUUCGAGGUGCUCGUCAGCUACCAGGAGGUGUACAAUGAGCAGAUCCACGACCUUCUGGAGCCCAAGGGACCCCUUGUCAUCCAUGAGGAUCCCGACAAGGGGGUGGUGGUACAAGGACUUUCCUUCCACCAGCCAACCUCAGCUGGGCAGCUGCUGGAGAUGCUGACCAGGGGGAACCGUAACCGCACACAGCAUCCCACUGACGCCAACGCUACUUCCUCUCGCUCCCAUGCCAUCUUCCAGAUCUUCGUGAAGCAGCAGGACCGCGUUCCAGGUCUGACCCAGGCCCUUCAGGUGGCCAAGAUGAGCCUGAUUGACCUGGCUGGCUCCGAGCGGGCGUCCAGCACCCACGCGAAGGGGGAGCGGCUGCGGGAAGGUGCCAACAUCAACCGCUCCCUGCUGGCCCUCAUCAAUGUCCUCAAUGCCCUGGCCGAUGCCAAGGGUCGCAAGUCCCAUGUGCCCUACCGGGACAGCAAGCUGACCCGCCUGCUCAAGGACUCCAUUGGAGGCAACUGCCGCACAGUGAUGAUUGCUGCCAUCAGCCCCUCUAGCCUGACGUAUGAGGACACGUACAACACCCUCAAGUACGCCGACCGGGCCAAGGAGAUCAAACUUUCACUGAAAAGCAGUGUGGUCAGCCUGGACUGUCACUUCAGCCAGUACGCCACUAUCUGCCAGCAGCUCCAGUCUGAGGUGGCCAGUCUGAGGGAGAAGCUUCGAAUGUAUGAGGCAGGAGCCCAGGCCCCACAACAGGACCUUCCACAGCCCCCCAAAUCAGGCACUCCACAACCACCCCUUUCCAGCUCCUCCCCACCAUCUCAUCUUCCCAGCCAGCCCUGCACCCCAGAGCUCCACCCAGGAGCUGCAGUCCUUCAAGAGGAAAGCCUGGGGGCAGAGGUCCAGGUGGAGAGGGUCAGGGAAGGGAAUUCUUCAGACCAGGAGCAGCCCUCCGAGGACAAAGACAAAGACUCGGCCAAGGAGGUCCCGAUCCGGGUGUCAGAACAGAGCCUCCGACAGUCACGGCUGGAGUCCCCUGGCCUGACCCUGGAGGCCCAGCAAGCCGUGGGCCACCUCUCACCACAGAACCUGGAAAGGGACCGUUCUAAGCAGUUGGCGCUGAAGGUGCUGUGCCUGGCCCAGCGGCAGCACUCCCUGCUCCAAGCAGCCAACCUCCUGACCCCUGACAUGAUCGCAGAGUUUGAGACCCUGCAGCAGCUGCUGCGAGAGGAAAAACCUGGGCCUGGAACAGAGGCCUCCAGGACUCCUGGCCCAGCCAGGGAGGCACCUCUGGCUCAGGAGCUGUGUUCAGAGCCAAAGCCUCCAGGAUACUCUGGCCCUGUGACCCGGACCAUCGCAAGGCAACUGAGUGGCCUCAUGCACGGUCUGGGGGCCCCACCUGGGCCUGACAGCACCCCUGCCCAGGCAGCUCUGCAGUCUGUGGAGAAGAAGAGAAGGAAACUGAGCCCCUCAGAGCAAGACAGUCAUCAAGCCCCAAGGCUGGGGACCAAGCGCCAGCACCAGUCCCUGCCCUGCCUGCGAAGGGGGUCCCUGCCUGAGACUCAGCCUUCACUCGGACCCACCACCCCCAAAAAGGGAAGGGUCUCCUCCCCCUGCCACUCCCCUCGCUUCUGCCCAGCCACAGUCAUCAAAAGCCGGGUGCCUCUGGGCCCUUCCGCCCUGCAGAACUGCUCCACCCCGGUGGCCCUGCCCGCUCAGAACCUCAACAUCACCUUUGACUCCUCCGAGGAGUCCCCCUCAAAGCUGGGCUUCCAUGAAUGCGCUGGCUGGGAAAAUGUGCCCCAGAACAGGCUGGAUCAGCCCUUCAUCCCCAGUGGCCCCGUGCCCCUGUUCACCACGAAGGGCCCCAAGCCAGCCUCUUCCUUCCCUGAGACCUCAUCCCGCAAGAAGAGGUGCAUUGUGAGUUCCUCCAUCGCCCGCCGCAGCCGCAUCGCCCGCCUCCCUAGCAGCACCUUGAAGAGGCUAGCGGAGUCCCUCACUGCCCCAGGUGACUAGCGCUGGGAACAGGGAUGGUCUCGGCUGGCUACCGUGACCAAUGAAAACAGGAAGUAGGAAGUGACAAGGUGGGCAGAGACCCAAGGACCUGGGAGUACUUCCAAGCAUCUCAGGAAUCCUGAGGAGAGAUGGGAGAUGGGAUGGAAGAGAACAGUGGGACCGAGCCGGACUUGUCUCCUUUCUCCCUGCCACACACACCCCCCCCCCCCCCACUGGCCUGCAGAGCCCCCCUGCAGUCCCCACGGCCCUGGCAACCUUCAGAGCCAGAGGGAACUGAUGAGGGUUAGGGAAGUGCUGUCAGCCGGGAGAUGCAUUGCCAGGGUGUCCUGACUGCUGUCCCCUCUUGGAUCCUGGAGCAGCCUGCACCAGGAGCCCUGACCUGCCUUCCUCAGCUUGGAGCAAUGAACCCCAACACCCUCUUCCUUUACUCACCCUCCUCUCCUAGUCAUUCAUUCUGCUACUCACGCUCUUAUUCAUCUCUUGUUAUAUUCAGCUUCUCAGCAUGUAUGUAUACAUUUGUGAGUGCUAAUGUGUUGCUAUUUUAAAGGUGCUCCCCAUCCCCUCUCCCCCGCAGUUUAUAACACUCUACCUGCAGGCAGGUGGCUGGAGGUCUUUGUUCGGCGUCCCCAGUCUAACACAGGGCUCUGUCUAAUGAUGGCAGUGGAGGAGGGAUGACGAGGAGGAGGGGGCCUGGUGCGGAGCCCCAGCUUGGCUCUUCCUGGUUUUGUAUGCAUGCAUAUAAGCAUAACCAAUGGACAUAAGACACUGGGGGGUAGGGGAGGCCAGGGGAUUGUCAAGGGCAGGAAUAAAAGGAGUCAUAUGUAAUACUCUUUGUAAUACUUAAGCAAUAAAACAAUUUAAAAAAAUAAAAAGAACCAGCCCUAGCUGGUUUUGCUAAGUGGUUUGAGUGUCAGCCCACAGACUGAAUCGUGUCCAGUUCGAUUCUGUCAAGGGCACAUUCCUUGGUUGCAAGUGGGCAUUUGCUAGAGGCAACCAAUUGAUAUGUCUCCCUCACAUUGAUGUUUCUCUCUCUCUCUCUCUCUCUCUCUCUCUCUCUCUCUCUCUCUCUCUGUUUUCCCUUCCUUUCACUCUCUCAAAAAAAUUAAUGGAAAAAAAUCCUUGGGUGAGCAUUAACAACAACAAAAGAACAAAAUUCAGCCAAGUAAAUUUGAAGUUCUACUUGGCUUUAUGAAGCAAUUCAUGAACCAUGCUUUAUUUCAUCUAGCAUCUAGAAGGGUACUCAGAAGGUGUGAACAAAAUGGAAGGUUUUUGUAGGGAGCAGGGUGAGGCAGGGGAGCUGUUAACAAAAGGAAAAAUCAUUUUUUAGACCAGGACAUCUUUUAAGGGAGGGCAAGGGUUUUCAGUCUCAUAAAUUGCCUCUUCUCUGGGGUGAUGGGGAGGGGAGGAAGAGGGCCCACAUGACAGAUGACCUCAUUGGUGUUGACCAGAAAAUUCCACACUGGUUAAGAUUACAUUUCUGGCCCUAGCUCGUUUGCUCAGUGGAUAGAGCAUCGGCCUGCAGAACUGAAGGAUUCCAGGCUCAAUUCCGGUCAAGGGCACAUGCCCAGGUUGUGGGCUCGAUCCCCAGUAAGUAGGGGGCAUACAGGAGGCAACCAAUAAAUGAUUCUCUCUCAUCGAUGUUUCUAUGUCUCCCUCUCCCUUCCUCUCUGAAAUCAAUGAAAAUAUAUGUAUUUUUAAAAAUCAAUAACAUAUUUUUUAAAAGAAGAGAUUAGACACAUUUAUAGUAAGUUUUCAUUAAGAUUUGGUGACCAGAACUAAGCUAUUUUAUAUCACUAAAAGCAACCUAAAGUCCCAGGACUGCCCUGUCCAAUCUACAGUAGACACUUUCUGAAAAGAGCCAGAUAGCAAAUACUUUAGGCAUUGCAAGCUAUGCAUAUACAGUGGGGCCUUGACUUACGAGUGUCCCGACUAACGAGUUUUUCGAGAUACGAGCUGUCUCUCGGCCGAUUUUUUGCUUCCAGUUGAGAGCUAAAAUUCGGGUUAUGAGCCAGCUUCAGAUACCCGACCGCUAGUUGGCGCAGCAAGUGUCACAGUGAACGCCACAACAUCAGCCCAGCAUCACGUGUCUCACUCGUUCACUUUAAGAUUUGACAUACGAGUACUUUGAGUUACGAGCUCCGUCACGGAACAAAUUAAACCCGUAAGUCAAGGCCCCACUGUACAGUCUCUUUCACUGCUACUCAACUCUACUAAUGUAUCCUGAAAGCAACCAAACCUAAACAAAGGAGCAUUGUGCCAUGCAUUUACCUAAUGACACUGGAAUUUGCAUAAUUUUUACAUCACAAAACAUUUUCCUCCAUUUUAUAUUUUUUCACUGAAAAAUGUAAGAAAAAAAAAAAAUCUUUAGUCACAGGCUGUACAAAAACGGGUAGAGAGAGGGCCAGAGACAGGCCCAGGAAGGAUCCUUCUGUUUCCAGGGCUAGUAACAUACAGUAUCAUCAACCUCUAGAGGGAGCUCUAGGAUUUCAGAGUAAUUUACUCUUUGAAUUCAGGGUAAAAACCUGAGAUUUGGCCUUUUUAAAUGUCCAGAGCUGACUAGGUUAGUCAUAGUGCAAGCUACUCAAUCUCUAUUCAAAGGAUAGUUGCAGAGAGAGAGAACUGUAGAAGAACCUUGAAGCACCUGAUUUAUUUCUUUUACUUAAUCUCACCAAGGCUGUUUCAUGACAGGCCACAAAAGCAUUAUGCCAUGGGGAAUUUUUUUUUAAUAACCUUCUAAACUCAUUGCAAUUUGGUUUCUUUCUGCACUCUGAUGCCCACAUCAUCAGAGACCUUGGGGCCAUGUCCAACUGGGCAGUUUGCAGGGUUUAUCCUAUUUAACAAAACUGACCAUUUUCUUUUCCUUGAAACUAUGUCUCUUCUCUUCAUGAUUUUUACCCCUCACCAGUCCUUUUGGCCAGCUUUUCGCAGUCUCUUUUCAUGUUUUUUAAAAAAUAUAUUUUAUUGAUUUUUUUACAGAGAGGAAGGGAGAGGGAUAGAGAGUUAGAAACAUUGAUGAGAGAGAAACAUCGAUCAGCUGCCUCCUGCACACUCCCCACUGGGGAUGUGCCUGCAACCAAGGUAAAGGUACAUGCCCUUGACCGGAAUCGAACCUGGGACCCUUGAGUUUGCAGGCCGAUGCUCUAUCCACUGAGCCAAACCGGUCAGGGCUCUUUUCAUGUUUUAUUGCCCUGUUUAUCCUGUAAAUAUUUUUUAUUCUCUAGAGUUCCAGAUGGACUCCGCACUAUUUUUAUCUUACUUACCCAUGGUUUCAAAAUUCUGUUUUUAUUGUCCCAAGCCUAGACUUCCAGUUCAAAUUCCCAUGCUGAACUUUGGGCUCUCUAUUCAUUUACCUCCUAGACAAUGUAUUUGGGUGUUCUAUGGGCAUCUCAGUAGAACAAGUCCAAAACUUAAGUUAUCGUCUUCCAUCCUGAUCUCCCCAUCACAAAUUCCCCACCUCGGUCAUGGCAUCAGUACCCAUCCAGUUUCCCAUGUCAUCAAUAGUAGACGGGAUCUCCCCAGCCCAGGCCCCUCUAGGGAGAACUGCAAUCCCCACUCAGAGGUGAGUCCUGUGGCCCUUCCCCCAGGCUAGAGAUAAUUGGAUUUGGGUGGAUACUGAACCCAUCUGGAUCCAUCAGGUUAACUCCUGGGAUUAUCUUCAGCUUAAUCUAGGACUGGUGAAGCUAUGCGCAUGGAGAAGAAUGGAAGGUUGGUCAACAGAGAGAUUAAAAUUGAUACAUAAAAAGAAGCAGAGAGUAGAAGCAAUGACCUUCAAUAGAGUAAUUUUGACCCUGCCUUCCCGACUCCCCUCCUGCCUGUGCCUUGUGGUGCGGGAUUGCCUGUGUCCCUGGAUCACCACCUUCUGGAUGUAGGCUAGUUUGCCUCUAAGUUUUUGUAAUUCCUAUAUUCCCUCUGUUGAAUUAUCUAACAUGAGUUUUGUGUGCCUGACUGGGAAUCAAACCGGCAACCUUUCGGCGCACAGGACCAUGCCUAACCAACUCAGUCACACUGGCCAGGGCUCAUAUAAGUUAUUUUUUUUAAAUAUAUUUUAUUGAUUUUUUACAGAGAGGAAGGGAGAGGACUAGAGUGUCAGAAACAUUGAUGAGAGAGAAACAUCAAUCAGCUGCCUCCUGCACACUCCCCACUGGGGAUGUGCCCACGACCAAGGUACAUGCCUUUGACUGGAAUCAAACCCGGGACCCUUCAGUCCGAAGGCCGACGUUCUAUCCACUGAGCCAAACCGGUUAGGCCAUAUAAGUUAUUUUUAAACAGCUUUAUUGCAGUAUAAUUUACAUAUUGUGAUGGAAUUAAUUUUGUCACCCCCAAAUUUUAUAUGUUGAAAUAUAUAUACUAACCCCAACUACAGAAUAGAGCUGUAUUUAAAGAUAAGGUCUUUAAGAUAUAAUUAAAUUAAAAUGCAGUCAUUAGGUGGACCCUAAUCCAAUAUGACUGGUGUCCUGAUAAGAAGAGGACUUUUGGAUGCACACCUGUACAGAGGGAAGAGGGUGUGAAGAUGGAGAAGACCAUCUACAAGUCAAGGAAAGAGCCAGGAACAGACCCUUCCCUCUCAGCCCUUACAGGGAAUGAACCUGCUGACAUCUUGAUCUCAGAUUUCCACCCUCCAGAAUUUGAGAAAAUAAAUUUCGGUAGUUUAAGCCCUCCAGUCUGUGAUACUGUACUCUGUUAUGGCAGCCCUAGUGAACUCACGCACAUACCAUAAAAUUCACCCAUUUCCGUGUAUAAUUCAAUUAUUUUUUAUUAAAUUAACAGAGUUGUGCAAUCUAAUAUGAGAAUAUUUUCAUCAUGCCUAGAAGAAAACUGGUUCCCCUUUGCAGUCACUUCCCGUUCCCACCUUCAACCCCCAAGCAGCCACUAAUUUACUAAUUUUCCCUCUCUAUAUAUAGAUUUGUCUGUUCCGGACAUUUCAUAUAAAUCCUCUCCAAUGAUUAGGGAAUUUUAUAUCAUGAUUACCUGUUAAAACCUCUUUUUUUAAAUUUUUUUUAUUGAUUAAGUUAUGACAUAUGUGUCCUUAUCCCCACAAAACUUCUUAUAUUGGGUCCAAAUGUACUGCCCUGUGACUUCUACACAGUAACAUAUUCCUAUUACAGUUUAGGUGUAACAUAGGUUAGACAAAUUUAUGGCAUGUACCACAGAAUAGCUGGAACUGAAAUAUUCCAUCCAAAUGACUAUUGUAAUCAUACAUUAAGAAGUGAUCGCUGCUUUUUUGCAAUCAAUAAGGGAAAAGGUUGUAGAAAGAGACUAUGGGGGCCUAGCUGGCGUGGCUCAGUGGUUAAGCAUCAACCUAUGAACCAGGAGGUCACGCUUCGAUUCCCGGUCAGGGCACAUGCCCAGGUUGCAGGCUUGAAGACCAAUGGUUCUCUCUCAUCAUUGAUGUUUCUAUCACUCUCUCCUUCUCCAUUCCUCUCUGAAAUCAAUAAAAAUAUAAUAAAAGACACACACACACAGAGAGAGAGAGAGAGAGAGAGGGACUGAGACUAUGAGGGAGAAUGCUUUUUUGAGUUGCAGGAGGAUAGAGACGGCCCAGGAAGGAUUUCAAUAGAACUGCUCAUGAGAAACCCUUUCUUCAUGGUGAGACCUGAACUGACAAGCUAUUCCCCCAGAGCUGCUCAGGCACAUCUGAUAGCUAAUCAAGACAUUCCAUCUAGACCACGUGCUCAGGGCCACACCCAGACAGACAGCAUCCACACUGCCAAAGAUCCAUUUAGUUGAAAUCUAUCUAGGCCAGUGGUUCUCAACCUUCCUAAUGCCACGACCCUUUAAUACAGUUCCUCAUGUUGUGGUGACUCCCAACCAUAAAAUUAUUUUCGUUGCUACUUCAUAACUGUAAUUUUGCUGCUGUUAUGAAUCGUAAUGUAAAUAUCUGAUAUGCAGGAUGUAUAUGUUACAAAUUGAACAUAAUUAAAGCAUAGUGAUUAAUCACAAAAACAAUAUGUAAUUAUAUAUGUGUUUUCCGAUGGUCUUAGGCGACCCCUGUGAAAGGGUCGUUCGACCCCCAGUUUGAGAACCGCUGACCUAGGCCAAUAUGUCAAAGCUGCAAAUGAGGAAGUCUGCUUUCGCACCUAGAAGAAUUGCCCCCUGCUAACCUUACCAGCCCUUAGUGACUAGGAACUGAAACCAUGUAUAGGUAUGCAUGCAUAUGUAACACCUUAUUUGAGAAUAUUGAUGAAGGGCCGUGUGUGAGCAGGCACUUGGGAUACAUCAUGAAUAAACAAAGGCGUCUGCGCCUGUGGAGCUAGCAUUCUAGAAGAGAGUCAGAAAAUAAAGACUGAGCAUAAUAAAGAGCUCAGCUAAAGAGAUAAGUUGGAAAGUGUUAAAUAAAAUUAAAGAAGGUAGGAGGGUUUGGAGUGCUGGAGGGAAGCAUGGACAAGGUUGCAAUUUUGUCUUUUACUUUAAAAACAGGGCACUUGAUUGAGGCAUGAUUGACAUACAAACACUGUACAUGUUUACUGUCUACAACUUGAUAACUUUGGAGAUACAUGCACAUCAGCAACACCAUCUGUGCCAUAGAUGUGUUCAUCACCUCCAAACGUCUCUUUCUGCCCUCUUCAUGGUUUUCUCUCUUCUUUUAUUUGUGAUGAGGUUGCGAUUUUAUUU